AUGCUUCUUGGACUUUUGGCUUUGGGCCAGCUCCUCUACGCUGCUGCUGCAGCGGCUACACAGGUUUCCGAUGCGGCCCAAUUUGAUGUUCUCGACUAUGUAGACCCGCUGAUUGGAACUGUCAAUGGAGGCCAUGUUUUCCCUGGUGCCAGCCUACCAUAUAGCAUGGCCAAGGCCGUCGCCGAUGUCAACGAGGAGAUUCAGGGCGGCUUCGCGUCCAACGAUGCAGACAUCACCGGCUUCUCCCACAUGCACGACAGCGGAACUGGUGGUGCCGCUUCACUUGGCAACUUUCCCAUCUUUGCGCAGACUGGAUGCCCUGGUAAUGAGCUAAACAGAUGCUAUUUCAAUAAAAUUACUCGCGCCUCUCAGCGCAAGAACGGCACCGUCGCCGCACGUCCCGGCUACUUUGCUGUUACCCUCAACACGUCCAUCACGGCCGAGAUGACCGUUUCCAACCACACCGCUCUGUAUCGCUUCACCUUUCCCACUGACGGGACCCCCACAAAAAAUACAGAUCCGCAUGUUCCUUAUGUCCCCCUUAUCGUCGCUGAUCUGUCUGAUCUGUCCGAGUCACGCGAAAAGGCCACAGUAUUGGUGGACGGGGCGACGGGACGCAUCACUGGAAAUGGCACUUUCAAACCCUCGUUUGGUGUUGGUACCUAUGAAUCUCACUUUUGUGUCGACUUUCACGGUGCCCAAAUGCGCGGCAAUGGUGUCUGGAUAAACAACCGUGCUGGCAAUGACCCCAAGAGCCUCAACGUGACGAACAAUGUCCCGGCCGGGGCUUGGGUCCAAUUCGAACCACCUCAAAACAACCAGAUCCUGGUCCGUGUCGGACUCUCAUUCAUCAGUGCUGAUCAGGCUUGCAAAAACGCUGAAAAAGAGAUUCCCAACUUUGGCUUUCGGAAAACUCGUGACCAAGCCGAGGCUGCCUGGCGCUCCAAGCUGAAUGUUAUCGAGGUGGACAACACGGGUAUUGGCAAGUCUCUGCAGCGGACUUUUUGGAGUGGCUUCUAUAGAACUCUCAUAUCUCCUCAGGACUAUACUGGUGAAAACCCUCUCUGGAAGAGCGAUGAGCCAUACUUUGACUCGUACUACUGCAUCUGGGACAGCUUCCGCAGCACCCACCCUCUUCUCACCCUUGUUGAUCCCCACGCUCAAACGCUGAUGAUCCGUAGUCUGAUUGACAUAUACCGCCAUGAGGGCAAGAUGCCCGACUGUCGCAUGUCUCUUUGCAAAGGUUUUACCCAGGGAGGUAGCAACGCUGACAACCUGCUUGCCGACUCGUAUCUCAAGGGCCUCACUGACGGAAUCGAUUGGGAGACGGGAUAUGAAGCCGUUAUUUCGGACGCUGAAGACGAGCCCCCUCUGUGGACGGUUGAAGGUCGUGGCGGCCUGCACUCCUGGAAGACUAUGGGCUAUAUUCCCACCGACGACUUUGAUCCGUAUGGCGUGGGCAUCUACACUCGCAGCAUCUCUCGCACCGUUGAGUACAGCUACAACGACUUUUGCAUUGCCGAGAUGGCGCGCGGCAUGGGCAAGGUCCACGAUGCCGAAAAAUAUCUCAACCGCUCCGGCAACUGGCUCAACAUGUAUGACUCGCAGUCGCGCUCGCGCCUCAACCUCACCGGCAGCAAAAACGAGGCCGACUUUGUGGACAGCGGCUUCCAGGGCUUCCUGCAGCCGCGCUACCUCAACGGCACCUUUGGCCGCCAGGACCCGGCCAUCUGCACCGACCUCUACAACUUCACGUCGUGCUACCUUAACGAAAACGGCCACGAGACGUACGAGGGCGGCUCCUGGCUCUACACCUUUUACAUCCCGCACGACGUGGCGACCCUCGUCCCCACGCUCGGCGGCACCGACGAGUUCCUGCGCCGCCUGCGCUACCUGCACGAUACGCCCGGCCUGUUCUACAUUGGCAACGAGCAGUCGUACAUCAUGCUCUUCCUCUUCCACUACAUUGGCCGCCCCGGCCUGUCCGCCGAGCACGCCCACAAGUACAUCCCCAGCGCCUUCAACGACACCCUCGUCGGCAUCCCGGGCAACGACGACUCGGGCGCCAUGGCCAGCUUCACCGCGCUCACCAUGCUGGGCCUCUUUCCCAUGAGCGGCCAGGACGUCUACCUCAUCACCGCGCCCUUUUUCCGCGCGUUUAGCAUCCGCAACUCGGUGACUGGCAAGACGGCCACGGUGCGCACGCGCAACUUUGACGCCGCCUACAAAAACAUUUACGUGCAAAACGCGACGCUCAACGGCCGGCCGCACAGCAAGAGCUGGCUGACGCACAGCUUCUUCAGCGAGGGCGGCGUGCUGGAGCUGCACCUGGGGCCCAGGGAGAGCGGCUGGGGCAGCGGUCCUGACCAUGUGCCCCCCAGUGCGUCGACACAUUUCUGGAAGUAA